AUGUUAGAUCCGGAAAGGUUCGCGGUUGUCUAUUCCUGCCUCCAGGUUCUGAAGCCAAGUGUAGGAACCAUUGGAGCAAGUAAAGGUGGAGAUCUUGCACUGUCCCUCGCCACUUUCGUCCCUGAGGUGAAGGCAGCAGUUUGGAUAAAUGGCUGCAAUAAUAAUGUGCAGUCUGACCUUCAUCUGCAAGAUAGAACAAUCCCUCCACUCGAUUUUGAUAUUUCACGUGUGAAGCUGGUGGAUGGUGUUUUGGAGUGUUACGGAGCAUUGGAGAACCCAGAGGACCAUCCAGAGACAAUUAUCCCUAUAGAGAAAGCUGAUGCUCACGUCCUGUUCCUAGUUGGGUUAGGUGACAAAAAUUGGAAUAGUGAAAUUUUUGCAGAUCAAGCCAUUGAACGUCUUAGGAAAUCCAAGGGCAACAACUCCGAGAUUCACAGAGACAUGCCUGCAGGCCAACCACCUGACUCGCCUCUCUGCCGUGCAACAUAUCAUAAGCUAAUCAAGAAUACCAUGCUGUUGGGCGGGUGUCAGAAGCCUCACCUGGAGGCCCAAGUUCAUGCCUGGGAUUCUACAUUGAUCUUUCUCCACAAACACCUUUCAGUGCCUCAGGUAAAACUUUGA